CUUUUCCAGGCGCGACGUCAUUUGGACCUCUGGGCCCGGUACCGUCUCCUCAGUCAUCUUGCAGCCUCGCCCCUCGAUUACAGUACCGCAAUGGCUUGCUACAAGCUGGUGAUCGUGCGGCACGGCGAGAGCACCUGGAACCAGGAGAACCGCUUCUGCGGCUGGUUCGACGCCGACCUGAGCGAGAAGGGGCUGGGCGAGGCGACCCGUGGGGCCCAGGCCCUGAAGGAGGCCGGCUACCAGUUCGACGUGUGCUACACCUCGGUGCUGAAGCGCGCCAUCCGCACCCUCUGGGUCAUCCUGGAUGGCAUCGACCAGAUGUGGCUGCCCGUCACCCGCACCUGGCACCUCAACGAGCGCCACUACGGCGGGCUGACCGGCCUCAAUAAGGCCGAGACCGCCGCCAAACACGGCGAGGAGCAGGUGAAGAUCUGGCGGCGCUCCUUCGACAUCCCGCCGCCCCCGAUGGAUGAGAAGCACCCGUACUACGCUAUCAUCAGCAAGGCAAGGCGCUACAAAGGACUAAAAUCUUCAGAGCUACCAACCUGUGAGAGUCUGAAGGAUACGAUUGCACGAGCCUUGCCUUUCUGGAAUGAGGUGAUUGCACCACAGAUUAAAGCGGGAAAACGUGUUCUGAUUGCAGCCCAUGGAAACAGUUUGCGUGGCAUAGUCAAGCAUCUAGAGGGGUUGUCUGACGCUGCCAUCAUGGAACUCAACCUGCCGACUGGUAUUCCAAUUGUUUAUGAGUUGGACGCUCACCUGAAGCCCACCAAGCCUAUGCAGUUCCUGGGAGACGAGGCAACGGUGAAGGCGGCCAUGGAGGCUGUAGCAGCUCAGGGGAAGGUCAAGAAGUGAUGCAGAGGGAACCGAUCCUGCAAGCAACUGAGAGCAGAGAAGUGCCUGCACCUACUACACACUGGGCAAUAAUAAAUUGUUUUUGUAAAAUGUUCCUGUAAGCAGUUAUUUAUCAUGCACUGUUAAAUUAAACAUGAUUAUUAGAA